UAUUAAUCAACUUCAUUUGAUCAUCGCAUCACUGCGCAUCUUCGCUAAAAAUGUCGGCCAAAAUGCCCUCAGAUGAUUCGCUGGACUCGGCGAAUGUGUCUCUGUCACAGAUGCUCCCAGCGGAUUGCAUUCGCCUUAUCGUCGAGCGAUGUGUAGAGUACGAAGAAGAAGGCCCUGUCGAUCUGUGUCCACUCAUUCGCCUUCGACUUGUCUGCCGGACCUUUGACAUCGAGGUGAUGCAUCUAAUAUGCCUCACUGGCCUGUUUUGGAAAAUGAAGCGAGGCCGCUCACUCACGCAACUUCGUCAAGCGGCCAUCGAGCGGGAGAGAAAAUCGAAACAGUGUGUUGCGUCUCUCAAGGGCAACGCAGCCGCUUUCUUGGCACGUUACAUGGUCAUGCAACCUCGAGAUAGGGCGGCAGCAUGGAACGCCACCAUGUUCACGGUUAUCAACGCUGUUGUUGACAACAUCAUGUCAGAAGAUGGCCUCGAGGUUGACGCUCCAGAGCGAUACAAUUACCUCUUCGAGAUUUGUCAGAACGCCCUGCCGAUCACCCAAGGACACCAGAGCCGUGAUUUUGGCAUGUGGGACCUAUUCUCACCACGGGGUUUCUCUCUCAUUUUCCCAACCCGAGCGACCAUCACAGAGGCUAGCUUCGAAACACACGUCAUCCUGGCGCAGAUUUAUCUCAAACGGCCUGAUACCGUAACAAAGCUUCGGUCGCUCUUGUUGGAUAAGGGCCCACGGCCAUUAUCCACCUUCAACGAAAAGCACAAAAGGGACAAGCCGCUUUUCGGUUGCUUCCUUGAGGCUGCUAUUAGGACACGAAACCUGGACCUCAUAUCUUUUCUCUUGAGGAAUGAUAUUGACAUGACCCCGUCCAGAAAGAAGGUCAAGGGCGGAGAGGUAAAGAAGGCGAGAAAGCCCUUCUACGACGGCCAUUUUCUUCACCUUGCUAUUUACUCCGGCGAGUCCGACGCCAUAGAGAUACUCGUACAGCGGCGAAUCAGACAGAGGGCAGAUAUCACUUCGCUCAUCUUGAGCGCAGUUUGCUCAGGAUAUGCAGACAUCUCCCGCGAGUUGAUCGAGCAUUGCUUUCCCCAAGAAGAGGGCGAAGAAGAAGGCCUACGCAAGAUUGAUUGGGUAGGCAAACUGGGCGUCAUCGAGUCUGCUCUUCGAGAAGCCUGCCACCAUAAGGACGGUGCUGUUGUUGAGGCCAUUCUCUCCUGUCGCCAACCCACAACGGCGCCGAACUUCAUAAAGAAAGGGGACAUGAAACAGCCGUUCCGGGUAUUCACUCAUUCGACCCCGGUAAACUGGUCGUAUCAUGCGAAAUCAUUUGCUCCGAUAAAAAUCUGCAUCGACAACCGAGACUUGGCUAGUAUGAAGCUCCUACUCGACAACGGGUCAGAUCCUCAUAGAGACCAGACCUACUGGUACGGCAACUCUCACAUGUUUGUGAUUGAAACCGAGGAGAAAGGGCCAAUGCCGAUCAUAUUGCCUCUGUUGAUGUGCCAUUACAGAGAUCAUCUAAAUGGUGCUGAUCCCCUACUCGACCCUAGGUUUCAUGGCACGACGAGAGAAUGGUUGGUUGUUGCUGCCAUGCUUAGCUGCAAGCCACGCAUAGUAGGCGCAAAUGUCCAGAGAGAUGAGUGGGAUCAUCAUUAUGACAAAGGUCGGGAGAUCAAGUGGCAAGAACUCUGGAAAUCCUUCGCUCGACUUGGCGUGUUUGAAAUGGCCGAUCUACUGAGCGAGUGCGACCGCAUCAAAGCGACACAGGGAGAGACGGGCUCCGGAACACCCGUUAUUGAUGCUGAUAAAGUGAAAGGCUUUCUACUCAGCACUUUCCAGGACUCAGGUUCAAUCCCCCAACCCCGUUCAAUACCAAGUUCAAUACUCCCGUUUCGAAGGCCAAAUAUGGAAGGAUUGACUUUGUAAAGAUAGAGAGAUUAAUAUAUAUUCCCUACCUUUUUUUUUAGAG